GGUCACAUGAUCAGUGUUAUGGUGAAAGAAGAUCCAAGAUGGCUGCUUUUUGGUUCCAUGACACUGGGAGGAAUAACUCGCCUUCUACGCGAUAUUCCUUCCGAAGGAAACUCCGGAAGCAAAUGAAAACGAGAUGAUGCCUUUGUACACUUCACCUUUGCCAACAGACCUAAUUGUAGGGGCCUUCCUUUCUUCAAACUCAUUGGAACUCAAUAUUCAUACCCAAGAUUGAUAUAUAGCAAAGGCUGUGUUUUGUUAAUUGUCUUCUGGCAAACAUUGGAGAUUGGAGUUUUCAAGGCCAAAUUAAUGUCCCCAAACAUUUUUGUAUAGUUAGAUUUUGUUAUUUAGAGGAGCUGGUUUAAAAGGAGUUCAAAAGAUUUAUAUAAAUUUUUUUCAUUGGCAAACUUUGCAUUAUCAAAUUCUGAAGAUGGCAACUGAAACUUGGAAGGGUUCUGAACGCAGGGAUCGGACCAGAACACCAUCAUACGACUUUAAUGAGCGUGAUUUUUAUAUUGGCAAUACCAACAAGGGAAGGACUUACUCAUAUAGUAGUUCUUUCUCUGGACAUUCUGGAGCAAGAGAAACUGGUGUAGUUGAGAAACUCUUGCAUUCAUAUGGUUUUAUCCAGUGCUGUGAGAGAGCACUGCGGAUCUUCUUCCAUUACAGUCAAAUCAAUGAAGACCCUGAGGACCUGAAUGUUGGAGAUGAAAUGGAAUUUGAGGUUACAUCAGAUCAGCGGACAGGAAAGCCAAUUGCUUGCCGUGUGGUUAGACUUGAAGCAGGAUCUGUGUCCUUUGAGAUUCGAAGUGAAGACAAAGUGAAUGGAGUCAUAGAUGCUGAGCCCAAAUUGUACUUGAAAAACACUGCAAAAUCUCCAUCAAAUGGACUUGUUGAUCCUGACAUGGGACGGGUCAGCUAUCAGAGAAAUGGAGAGUACUUUUAUCUCUCAUUCUCUGCAAGUGAUGUCAAUAAUUCUGGCACACCUCUCCACAAGGGAGACAAAGUUGAAUUUUAUGUAGCCACUGAUAAGAGAACUGGAGUUAUCCGAGCUCGUGAAGUUACCCUUUUAGAGGCAGCAGAUACUGAGAAAUGCCAGGGUGUUGUUUCAUCAAUGAAAGAAUCAUUUGGAUUCAUUGAGAGAGCAGACAAAGUUAGCGAGAUCUUCUUCCACUACAGUGAAUUCAGAGGGAAUAUUAAUGAGCUCAUGCUAGGAGAUGAUGUGGAAUUUGGGAUACAAGCAAGAAAUCAGGGUAAAGAAGUUGCAGUACAUGUGGAAAAACUUCCUGAGGGUACUGUGAAGUUUGAAGACGUGAGCAGUGUGAGAUAUCAGGGAACUGUGGAUCGGCCCUUGAGUAAAUCAGCUGCAAAACGGCAAAAUGAUCCACUGCAUGGAAAAAUAGUCUUCACUUCACCUGAUAAUGAAGAUGUUGAGGAAGAGAUUGUCUUUUCUGAACGAGACUUGCAGGGAGACUUUUCUCUCAGAGCUGGAGAUGUAGUGGAAUUCAACAUUGCAGUGGAUCGCCGCGACUCACUAAAGAGAGCUACACAAAUCAGCUUGGUUGAUGUAGCAGAACCAGAUGACGGGGAGCCAAGAGAAAUGGGUGUUGUUGCAUCACUGAAGGAAGGCUUUGGGUUCAUAAAAUGCUGCGACAGAGAUGCCAGGAUGUUCUUCCACUUUAGUGAACUGCUAGACUCUGCGCACCAGAUUCAAGUUGGAGAUGAAGUGGAAUUUGCAGUGUCUGAGGACACAUCUGCUGUUAAGCGUCUGCAUGCUAUUCGAGUGAGAGUUGUACCAAAAGGAACAAUCCAGAUGGAGAGCAUUUCAUCCCAGAUAUAUGAAGGAUACAUUGAAAGAGAGCCCUCCUACAGCAGUCGCAGUCCUAGAAAAGAUAGUAACAGGGAGAGUGAGUCUGGUCUGAUCAACUGCUGUGUCAAUGGACUGAGGGAGUUACUGCCAUUUGAUACCAACAGCUUUGAACUGAGAGGCGCUGCACAGUUUGGUGACCUGGUGGAGUUUAACUUGUCAGAAAGUCAAAGAACUGGUUUUAGAAAGGCGGUUAAUGUGGCUGUGUUGAGAAGAAACAGUGAAAUACGACACAAAGGAUUUGUUGCUACACUCAAGGAGAACUUCGGUUUCUUGGAAACAUCAGAACAUGACAAAGAAGUGUUCUUUCAUUACAGUGAAUAUGAUGGUGAACCUAAUGAGCUUGUUCUUGGAGAUGAAAUGGAGUACAAUCUCAGAUGUAAGAAUGGUAAAGUUAGUGCAGAGAUGCUGGUCAAACUACCCCAGGGCACCAUUACACAGGAGCAAAUUCUACCAGAAGCCUACUUGGGAAAAGUAGUGAGGUCUCUGAGACGUGCUGAUCCGCAGCAAGUGGAGUAUGCUGGUUUGAUUGAGCGUAUCACCCGUGAAGACCAAGACAGUGAGGAAGAGAACGAGGUGGAGCAGGAACCGGAUAAAGAGCUGUCAUUUACCGUUGAGUACGGCAUUACAAGUCUUGUGGAUAAAAAGACUGUCCUUCAGCAUGGAGAUAAGGUCCGUUUUCAAGUGGGUGUUAAUAAAGAGACUGGGAAGGAGAUAGCCAUGAAAGUAGUCAGCAUACGACAACGCGUGCGGGCGCGAGUUGAAUCUCUUAAAGGCCAGUUUGGCUUCAUUGCUUAUGAAAACGAGGAAGGCAAGAACCUGUUUUUCCACAUGAGUGAAGUGGAAGGUGAAGUGGAACUUCAGCCAGGGGACGAAGUGGAAUUUGUUGUGGUUCAGAACCAGAAGAGUCGUAAAAUGAGCGGUUGUAGCUUACGAAGGAUCUGUGAUUCUCAGCGACCAGAGCGGCUCAUUCGUAGAACGUUUUCUGAGAAUGUUGAGAGCCCUGGACCCAGAAUUGAAGUGAUUCGUAAACCCACAGGACCGGAUGGCACCAGAGGAUUCACAUACAAGCGAACUCUGAGGUGCCAGUCAGAUACAUCCUCCGACCACACCCAGGGGUGUCCCGUGAACGGAUCAAGUGACACCCCGGCCAAGUUCGAGAACGGGACAUCAGUGGAGGAAGGAAACGUGUUCGAGGAUCUUGUCGCCAAGAUAUGUGACCAGGAAUAAGAAUGAAAAGUUCACAGAGCAAAGCUCUUGCGAGCAAGUGAUUACUGUAAUAUAUGAUAACACAUGUCCAGUAUCUAGCAUCAAACUCUAGCGCGCUAGUUCAGUCCGUGGUAAAUAAGCGCCGUAUUACUUUAGUUAUAUACUAGCUGUGGAUUUACUUGUCACAUUGCCUCGGUUUUGCAUCUCCAUUUUAGUAAUAACAUUUUUUCUCAGUGUAAUUAUUUCAAUCUUUACAGUGUAUUUUUUUCUUUUUUCUAGUACAUUGUAGUUCAUUUUUUCUGUUAUUCUCCGAUUGCCACGGAAAGGACGUUCACCAACAUCUUUACAAUUUCCAAACAAAGUCACGGUAUUUUUCGAGAAAGAGUAUUCGUGCAACACUUACUGUUUGUGUUGUUGCUUUGGAACGGUGCGUUUGACUUACGUGGUGUCAAAAUGCAUUAACUAAAGACUGAUUAUCUUGUCUUGAUCCUCGGGGGGGAUCAUGGAAGAACUGAGCAUGGUGUGAAACGUUUGCGAAACGAAAUCAGUGUAACUGUCAGCGUUGACUCGGAGCAAUCCUCUAGAUACUGCUUUAACCUAUUCAGUUUGAGUGAUUCACAGCAAUGCACUACUUUUAUUAGUUUCUUCGAUUUUGCACACAAAGGGUGAAAUUAAACAAUUAGGGUAAUUUUAGUUUAAUAUAUAAAUGAAAUGUCGAUUUGCAUCCUGUAUGAAGGAAUAAAACUAUAAGUGGAAAGUU